CCCAAAGCCUGGUGGCUUUACGCGGCCGGCCAGGUUGUACCGGCGCUGCGUUCUCGGCUCUGCUCCGAAUCCGGAAUGCCCCCGGUUACCGACUUGUCCCAGCUCGUCACCGAGGCCACUCGCGCUCACAACUAUGUGCGCACCUAUGAGGAACAUCUGGUUCAGGGCAUCUGUCUGACAACCGGUCCUCCGCCUGACGACGGCAAUCUCUGGAAAAUUGACCUUCAGGCUGUGGAGCAGAGCAUGCCGCUGGACCGUAUCACCCUGCUUCGGCAGUUGGCCAUGCAGAGAGCAGCUCAGCGACUGUGUGCUUAUGCU